AUGGCUUUUUUUGAGCGACAAUUCAAUUGUCGCAUUCAUGUUUUAAAGACGGACGGUGGAGGGGAAUACAAGACUUUGGAGCUAUUCUGCAAGGACACUGGCAUUGCGCGCCAGGUGAGCGAGCCACGUAAUCAAGCAAGUAACGGAAAAGCGGAGCGAAUGCACCGCACCAUUAAGAACAUGGUGCGGAGCAUGCCAUUUGCUUGUAGAUUACCGUUAAGCUUUCAAGGAGACGCCGCGGAAUAUGCGAUGUAUAUUCUUAACCGGCGCCCGAGCAAAGCGAAUAUGGGAAGACAGUCACCAUUGCAGAUGCUGAGGAAGAGAAUCCCAGACUUGAGCGACAUAGUGGCGUUUGGCUUGCCAUGCACGGUCCAUAGAGAUGCGAGUAACAAGUCGCUGGGGAAGCGUGGAAAACAAGGCAUCAUCAUCGACAAGAGCGAUGAAAUGAAGGGCUACAGGGUUUAUUUGCCAAGGGAGAAGACCGUCAUCGUCACACAGCACGUUCGAAACGUGGAGACACUGACCAAGGAGCAGAAUGCGCAGUUACGUCGUGUACAUCCAACGGUGGAAGAUGGAGAGAGUGGCGAGCGUGGCGGUUAUGCGUCGAUGAAUAACCCAGUACCGGUUCCAAGAGAAAAAGGCAAGGGACGAGGACAAAGAAAACCCUGGACGCGCGAUGCGCACCUGACCAAGACGGCGGCGCAAAAGGCACGCAGAAACGGUGAAGAAAGUAACCGGCCUGGUGAAGAGAUUAUUAGCGUCCGGGAGGCGGACCCGAAGAAUUAUGGGCAAGCCAUGAAGAGUGGGCAGAGGGAAAAGUCGCUUACUGCCAUGUCGGAAGAGCUGCAAGCGCUUGAAGACAACGGAACCAAAACGGAUGCUGAUGGAGCCAUUCAGCGAUUCAAGACGAGAUUGGUUGCCUGCGGAAAUGAGCAGGUGCAUGGCGUUGACUAUGGUCUCACGUUUGCUGCUGUUAUGGAGUUGAGCACGGUGAAGGUAAUUAUUGUGCUUGCGUUGCGUUGGGGAGUACCGGCGAGACACGGGGAUAUUCCCAACGCGUACGUGAAGGCUGACAAAGAAAAGCACUUGGACAUCUACUUGGCGAUUCCACAGGAGAUGAAGAUUCAAGAUGGCACUCUACGACAAUUUGGCGUACAAGACAAAUUGCACUUAGCGCUAAAGCUGAAGAAGUCUCUCCAUGGGCUCAAGAAGGCGGGCCUUCUGUGGAGUUUAUUGCUACUGCCAGACUGUAGGGGGCUGGAUUCAUCAAUGUGA